GUUGCAGACGCCUGCAAAUUCAGAAGCAAAACCUUCUCGUCUCUCAUGCAGCACUGCGCUUCAUGAGUGCACUGUGUCAUCGGACAUCCUGGCGGGCGCUCAAGUCGACAGCUGCCUCACUCGGGAACAGCACAGUCUUACAGAUCAGCCUUACGAAGAUCGCCACAGCCGGUGCACCGCUAGGCGACGGCUUAACUUGACGUCGCAGCGAUGCAGCCCACGGCAAGCCCUGCCGCCGCGUACACGAACAACCGAGCAGACGGCGGAAACAUCAUCUACGGCAAUGUUACCGGCGACGUGCACUUUCCUAGUGGCGAUAGCGGCGCCGCCAGAUCGACCCACCACGAGUGCCUGCGCGACCUGCGAGUCACUGACCCGCGCGAAGACCGAACGAGAAUCGAAGACGGCAAGGACAAGUUGCUCAGGGACUGCUAUAUAUGGAUCCUAGAAGAUAGAAACUUCCAGCAAUGGAGGAGUCAGGGGGGUCCUCGGCUGCUGUGGAUCAAAGGCGAUCCGGGCAAAGGCAAGACGAUGAUGACCAUGGGCCUCAUCGCCGAGCUAUCGCAAGGCUACAAGAUCAGGUCACCAUCAUGGACAGUAUCAAAGGUGCUGUAUAAACUGAAGCUAGGGUUCGAGCCAUGCCUAGUGGCCUACUUCUUCUGCCAGAACACUCGGCCGGAGAUUAACAGCGCUGUCUCGGUAUUGAGAGGACUUAUAUACAUGCUCGUCGAUCAGCAGAUGCAGCUGAUGCGACAUGUCCAGAAGCGAUACAAGGCUGCAGGAAAGCAGCUUUUUGAAGGUGCUAACGCUAUAUAUGCGCUGAGAGAGAUACUGUCGGACAUACUCAAUGACCCGACUCUGCCAACGACAUACCUGCUAGUUGAUGCUCUCGACGAGUGCGACUCUGGUCUGCCUACUCUUCUUCAAAUCAUCACUGACAGCAACCUUGCGCGGCGGUCGAAGGUGAAGUGGUUAGUGACAAGCCGCAACGUGCAGGGGAUUGAGCGGUAUUUGCAGCCAGACUUGGCUGGCAUCAAGGUCAGUCUUGAGGUUUGCGAAAGCCACGUGUCGAAGGCUGUGACGGCGUUUGUCAACUUCAAGGUGCAGCACCUGGCAACUACAAAAAAGUAUGACGCUGGACUACAAGCAGAGGUGCAGCGGGUGCUCCGCGACAGGGCCGAGGGCACGUUUCUAUGGAUAUCGCUCGUGUGUAAAGAGCUAGAGAAUGUCCUCCACCAUAAUACACGGAAGGUACUGCAAGCGAUGCCACCUGGACUGGACCCGCUCUACAACCGAAUGAUGAAACAGAUCCUAGCGCAAAAAAAUGACACAACAGCGUACUGCAAAGCCGUCCUGCGGGCACUCACUUUAGCCUUUCGACCACUGCAUCUGCUGGAGCUUGUAGUAGUUGCUGGUCUGCCAAACGAUCUGUUUGGUAGCGCGGAGAGUGUCUCCGAUCUCGUCGCCCGUUGCGGCUCGUUUCUCGCAGUGCGUAACAACACAGUGACGUUCAUACACCUGUCUGCCAAAGAGUACUUUACAUCUGGCAACGGCCAGCAGAUAUUUGAUGGAACAGUGACAGUAGAGCAUGGACAGGUGACAUAUCGUCUGCUUAGUGCGAUGCGCAAUACACUACGGAGAGACUUAUGCAAUCUAGAGAAGUUAAGAGCGCGAACCGAGGGUAUGGUAGACAGGAGCAAGAACAGCACUAUUGUACACAUUGCAUAUGCAUGCGAGUACUGGAUCGACCACCUGUGCGACUCGAAUCUCACGUCUUCAGGGAACUCGGAUGAUGUUAUGCAAGAUGGAGGUAUUGUCGAGAAGUUCCUGCGUGAAAAGUAUUUAUACUGGCUAGAGGCUUUGAGUCUAUGUAAGAGAGUACCAGAAGGUAUAGCUGCAAUAGAAAAGCUCUGGCUUUUUGCUCAGGGGAGAGAAGAACAGAGCUCGUUUAGUACGCUUCUUAAGGACGCACGUCGAUUUAUAAUGUACCAUAAGGGAGCUAUUGAAGAUAGCGCUCUACAGGUCUAUGCAUCAGCAUUGUUGUUUAGUCCUAAGAAGAGCAUAGUUAGGAACCUAUUUAAGCACGAGGAGCCAGACAAUAUUACAAUCAACCCUAGUAUGAACGACAGCUGGAGCGCAUGCCUACAGACGCUCGAGGGCCAUCGCGAUUCGGUCCGUUCAGUCGUCUUCUCGCACGACUCGGCGAGGCUGGCGUCGGCGUCGUGGGACAACACCGUCAAGAUCUGGGAUACGCACAGUGGGGUGUGCCUGCAGACGCUCGAGGGCCAUCGCAGUUCAGUCAACUCAGUCGUCUUCUCGCACGACUCGGCGAGGCUGGCGUCGGCGUCGAACGACAACACCAUUAAGAUCUGGGAUACGCAUAGCGGGGAGUGCCUGCAGACGCUUGAGGGCCAUCGCAGUUCAGUCAACUCAGUCGCCUUCUCGCCCGACUCGGCGAGGCUGACGUCGGCGUCGUCCGACAAUACUGUCAAGAUCUGGGAUAUGCACAGCGGGGUGUGCCUGCAGACGCUUGAGGGCCAUCGCAGUUCAGUCAACUCAGUCGCCUUCUCGCCCGACUCGGCGAGGCUGGCGUCGGCGUCGUACGACAAGACUGUCAAGAUCUGGGAUAUGCACAGUGGGGUGUGCCUGCAGACGCUCGAGGGCCAUCACAGUUCAGUCAACUCAGUCGCCUUCUCGCCCGACUCGGCGAGGCUGGCGUCGGCGUCGUUCGACAAUACUGUCAAGAUCUGGGAUACGCACAGCGGGGUGUGCCUGCAGACGCUUAAGGGUCAUCGUGGUUGGGUCCACUCAGUCGCCUUCUCGCCCGACUCGGCGAGGCUGACGUUAGCCUCGUCCGAUAACACCAUCAAGAUCUGGGAUACGCACAGCGGGGUGUGCCUACAGACGUUCGAGGACUAUGGUUUUUCUGAUCUUGCUCAGAUACUAGGGUCGCAAUACCCCAAUAAAGUUAUAGACAAAGCACGGAAACCUGUAAGCCAGAACAUACAUAUUAGUGACGACGGGGUUUGGAUUUGUCUAAACGCUCAUAAGCUAUUGUGGCUACCUACAGAAUAUCGACCAGGAUGCACAGCUAUAUCAGGCGAAUACGUAGGGAUAGGCACGGGGCAUGGAAAGGUCUGGAUAGGUCGCUUCCAGUGAUGUCCUAGUGGCAAUUCCUCUUUGCUCUCUUCUAUCAUCAUUAAACCGGCACUUCUAGAGGGCUGGGGAUGUGUACAUAUAUAUGUGCCUCUAUCCCUCGCUACAUAGAAUCUUCGAGCGAGUACUGUGUUUCUACAAAGUAAUCUUUUACGCUGCGUGAUUGUUUUGAUAUAACAGUAGUUAAUCUAUUAUAAUAAGUAGAUUAGCUGUCAGGAUUAAAACGCCUUUGUAGUCCAGCUAACUAGUUACAAUAUAAGCUAA